GGUCGGGGCCGGCAUCGGGUACUGCGGGGGUUGUGCAGAGCCGCCGCCGCCCGCCCGCAGAGGAUGCAGCUGGGAGAGCCGCUGCUGGCGGCGGCGGGGGGGGCCCUACCGGGAGCCCCCUUUUAUCCGCUGGAAGGCGGCGGGCGCGGCGGAGGGACCGGAGCCGGAGGAGGCGGCGGAGCCGGGUCCCGAGGGCCGCCCCGCCCGGGCUCUCCGGCGCAUCUCGACCUGGACAAGGCGGCUAAGAAGUUCGCGGCGGCUCCGGCCAUGCUGGGCGAGCCCGACGGGGGGGAGCCGCCCUUCUCCGCUCCGAAGCCGGACGGCCGCAAGACCACCCCUUGCGGGGAGGAAGAGCUGCCCCCGGCCGCCGCCGCCCGCUACUCUAUGGACAGCCUGAGCCCCGAGCGCUACUACCUGCAGUCCCCCGGGCCGCCGGUCACCGAGUUGGGGGGGCCCUGCGCUCUCUUCCCGUACCCGCCCGCCGCGCAGCACGGCGCCGUGUACCAGGCGCCCGGCGGGCCGCGCUACCCCUACGGCUCCGUGCUGUCCUCGGGCGGCUUCGCGGGCGCCGUGUGCCCGCCCGGCGGCAGGGCGCAGUUCGGCGGAGGCGGCGGGUACCAGUACGGGCAGGCGGCGGCCGGCGGAGCCCUCUACGGUCCCUACCCGCCGGCCUCGGGUUCCUGCGGAGGGCUCGGGGCGCUGGGUGUGCCGGCGGCCGGGCCCGGGCUGCGGGCACAAGUCUUCCUCUGCAACCGGCCGCUCUGGCUCAAGUUCCACCGGCACCAGACGGAGAUGAUCAUCACCAAGCAGGGCCGGCGGAUGUUUCCGUUCCUGAGCUUUAAUAUUACCGGCCUCAACCCCACCGCCCACUACAACGUCUUCGUGGAGGUGGUGCUGGCGGACCCCAACCACUGGCGCUUCCAGGGGGGAAAAUGGGUGACGUGCGGCAAAGCCGACAACAACAUGCAGGGCAACAAGGUGUACGUGCACCCCGAGUCGCCCAACACCGGAGCGCACUGGAUGCGGCAGGAGAUCUCUUUCGGCAAGCUGAAGCUGACCAACAACAAGGGAGCCAACAACAACAACGCGCAGAUGAUAGUCCUGCAGUCUCUACACAAGUACCAGCCUCGGCUUCAUAUAGUGGAAGUGACUGAAGAUGGUGUUGAAGAUCUGAAUGAUUCUUCAAAGACUCAAACGUUUAUUUUCCCCGAAACGCAGUUCAUAGCAGUUACAGCCUAUCAAAACACCGAUAUUACUCAGCUCAAAAUUGAUCAUAAUCCUUUUGCAAAGGGCUUCAGAGACAACUAUGACUCCAUGUACACAGCUUCAGAAAAUGACAGAUUAACUCCAUCUCCCACGGAUUCUCCUAGAUCCCACCAGAUUGUCCCUGGUGCCCGAUACAGCGUGCAGCCAUUCUUCCAAGAACAGUUUGUCAACAACCUGCCCCCCACCAGAUUUUACAACGGCGAGAGAACCGUCCCGCAGACCAACGGCUUGCUGUCCCCGCAGCAGAGUGAAGAGGUGGCCAGCCCUCCCCAGCGGUGGUUUGUUACUCCCAUGCAGCAGCCCAGUGCCAACAAACUGGACAUGAACUCCUAUGAGACGGAGUAUUCUCCUAGCACCUUGCUCCCCUACGGCAUUAAAUCCCUUCCUCUUCAGACAUCCCAUGCCUUGGGGUACUACCCUGACCCAACGUUUCCGUCUAUGGCAGGCUGGGGGAGUAGGGGCUCCUACCAGAGAAAAAUGACCACAGGAUUACCUUGGAGCUCCAGAACAAGUCCUCCGGGCUUCUCUGAAGACCAGCUUUCCAAGGAGAAGGUGAAAGAAGAAAUUGGCUCAUCCUGGAUAGAGACUCCACCCUCCAUCAAGUCUCUAGAUUCCAAUGAUUCUGGAGUCUACACAGGUGCUUGUAAGAGAAGGCGGCUCUCCCCUAGCACUUCGAGCAAUGAAAAUUCCCCAUCCAUGAAAUGUGAGGACAUUAAUGCUGAGGACUAUAGCAAAGACACUUCAAAAGGCAUGGGCUACUAUGCAUUCUAUACCAGUUCAUAAAGCAUCCUUUUGUUCCAAUUGGCUAUUUUUUUUUUUUCAGGGUGGCCUUUGUUUUCUUUCUUUUGCAUUACGAUUGCCAAAAAGACUCUUGCCUUCCACCUUAAAUUGUCAUGUGCAAUUCUAAAGAAGGUGCCAAAGCUUUUAGACUGUUGCAGGUAAUUAAGUAGGAAAAGCAAAUCACAGUAUGAUUUUUCUCUUAGAAAAAACAGCAUGUGGAAAAGCUGUAAGCAGGAGCCUAGAUUUCUACAAGGUGGUUUAUUUAUUGAAGACACUGAAGUGUACAGUUUGGCUUGGCUCAGAGGCCUGAUCAAAUCCAUACACUGAGUGAGGAGAUAGCAGUCGGAUUCCAAAUUUUACUUUCUUCCCUGCCUUGCCCCUCUGAUAAAGGGCACUGGGAUGGGGGACUGCACAUGCUGUUUUAAACAGAACUGUUUUCUUCAACUCUUGUUUGCGGAUUAGUUGGCUGAGUUGGGCAAUGCUCAGCUAAGGCUUUCUUUAGCAGAAGGUGGUUAAAAUAAGGCCUGCUCCAGGCAGGAGUUUAACUUGAAGGUCUUGCUGCUAGCAAUGCUUCUACAAUGGCCAAAUCUGACUUUUAAGGAAAACAUGCCUCUAUCCCGGAAGCCUAACCUUUACUGAGGUGGCAAAAAAAAUCCAAGUGUACAGUUGUGUUUUGUCUAGGUACACUGUAGAAUAUUGUGGAAUAAUAUAUAAAUAGUUGACCUAUAGCUGUUCAGUCAGAAGGACCUCCGGUGGUGCUUUGAAGUUCAAAAUGCAUUUUAUUUUUUUUGUUAAUCAAACUUAGCACAUGGAGCAUUGCAAAGAGCAUUAGCAGAUUUCUAUUUGUGUAUGUAAAGUGACUUUCAGCUGCCCUGUAUCAAACUGGAAGUGAUGUAACCUGCCCACUCUUCUUGCCUAUAGUUUCAGCCAUUUUAAACGGAUCAACCCCAGAGCACUGGCACACAAAAUUCUCUGGUGAAACUUGGUUCUGCUUUUAUAUGUACAUAGUAGUAAUUUUUAAUAAACGUGGUGGUGCCAGGGACGAGAG